AUGGAUGACUUCCCUGUGGACGGAGACCUCGAUUCACUUCCUAUUUCUCCAAAUGCGUCUGUUCUGGAGGCUCUCUAUGACUUGGGCCCACCGUCUCCCGUUCUGACGCCUUCCCAGCUCGCUUUUACCUGGUCCUCUGGCGACAUUCCUGUGGUCCUCUAUGACGAUGCUUACAGAGAUGAAUUCUCUUCUUCUCAAAUUUUGGGUACCAAUGAGGGAAAACGAAAUAGCUCUUCCACUCUUCGAGCAAAUCGUUUGUCAGCUCAUUCGAAGGCUUCACGCCGAAGUUCGGCGACACAUUCUCGAGCGUCUGUGGUCUUGGGCAGUCUGGAUAGUUCAGAUACGAUAGUGUCUGCGGGGACAUUUGGACCUAAGAGGAGAAGCCUUCAACCACUCGAUGGUCCUCAAGCAGUACGCAUCUUCCCAGAAGGCAUCGCAUCCAACUUUCGAAGCUCCGUGACCCACUCAAAGACAUCGAACAGAGAGAGCUUUUUGUUAGGAAAUUCGGGACCUACGUCGAUUCAGGACAAUCCAACUCCUGUCGAACCCUUGACGGAGGAUUCUUCGCGAGAUACCAGGCAUCUUUCUUUUGGGCACGUCAAGUCGGACUCUUCUGGUGAUGAGAACGUGGGCGGUGACGAAACGCCUAGGAAGUCUAGGGAAUCGACUUCUUGGAUCUCCUCUCGUGACUGGGAUAAUCAACAGUACAAGGACUUCGUUGCUCGGACCGAGUCGUCAACUCGCUCUCAGACCCGCUACUCAUUCACCAUCUCGCAGGUCAGGUCUGACAUGGCAUCGCAACCUCAGGUCAGUCCCACUCGUCGCAGAGUCUCAGAGAACCAUGUCGCAAGCAGGGAAAUGCAUCGGACUCAUAUUUCAGGCGAAAUUCAAGAACAUUGCAGGGAUAAAUCGGCAUCGACCCAUAAGACCGGACAGCCGCUUACCCAGCCCAAACUCCAUCGUGCUGAAGAUCACAGCUGGCUUAGAGGACUCGCCGUUUCAUUCCUGGUGGAUCAAGAGGGAUUCCGCGCUGCUCAGCCCUCCUUCAAGUUCUCAGGCAUUGCUCGAUUGCGUUCUUCUCCAGAGGUGAAAUUACCCGACACCCUCAUGGCUCAGUUCCGUCCCAUCUCUCGGCAGUCCUUCCACUUCCACCACGCGCCGUUCGAGAGUCCGCCUAUCCUGCGGCGCGUCACGCUCAAUGACGACGAGACGCACGACUACGUCUCCAAGCAGGCGCAUCUGACACUCAAGUCCAAUGGGGUGUACGUCGUCUAUGGGCACGAGCUCUUCGCUUCCGACCACGCCUCCGAGCCGGUUAAGCUGCACUGGCAAUUCGAGUACUUUGUCGAUAAUCGCCGUGUGGAUGCGUCGAAUUCCAAGCGAGACAUGGAGGGCGAAAAGAUGCUCACGCCACUGACGUUCUCGUGUUCUCCAAACCUAUUGCUACCAGUCCAGGCGAAACGGAUCAACAUCAUGCACGUUUUCAAGAAGGGCGUUGGCCCGAAACUCGUGGCGGAGAAGAUGCUCCCUCCUGGUGUAGCUCGUGCACCUGCCCAUCCAGCGCCCGCUACUGGUCUCGGUAUCUUGGUGUCCUCUCAGACGGAAGCGCACCUACCAAAUUUCCUUUCCUCAAAAUCUGUCUGGAAUCUUCAUAAACGCGGUCAAUCUAAUGUGGUCAAACAAGGUGAUCUCCACGGAAAUCGGCACCAUCGCGUCGACACUAGUCCAGACUCCAAGCCGUACUCCAAGCACCGUCGAGCGUCAUCUGUAGGCGAGCACCUCCAUUCUCGCAGUAUAGCUUCUCGUCUCUCCGACCACAUCAUGCCGAGGCAUCGUCGCGAUUCGUCUCACGGAGCGGCUGUAGUGCAUGGGCCGCCGACAAACCGCCACAUUAUUCCUCCUGCUCAACUGGUGCAUAUGCUUGACGUUUCAUCCAAGGAAAAUCUGCCGCCUGCACCACCGCCCCCGAAAUUCGAGCGUCAUAGUUCAGAAUUUAUUCCUCUUACACCUCGACCGCGCCACGCUCAUCAACUUUCGCGAGGAAGAUGA